AUGGCUUCUUCUCUUCAUGGCCUCGGAUUUGAUUCUCUGAGCCUCGCAGUUUUCAGAGCGAAAACGUCAGCGAAUGUAUUUAAUUCAAUAAUGCUUAGAAAUAAAGAUCUUCAACAGAAACAAAAGGACAUAUAUAAGGCAUGUCGUCAUAAUUAUGUGGUGGCCAUUAAAAGCCUAGGUGACGCAAAAACUGCAUGGAACGAAAAAAAGUAUUCCUUAGCGACAAAGAGUAUCGAAGUUGCACAACAUAUACCGAUUUCUUGUGAGAAGGCACUAGUUGAAGCGCCAAAUUUUCAAGCUAAACGAGCAAAUGAAAUGUCGGAUAUUAUUUUCGACAUUCCUCUUGUUGUAGCAAAGGAGAUGGAAAAUAAUGGACAUAAGACCGAGGAUGAAUGA